GAGAGAGAGGGGGGGGGGGGAGAGAGAGCAAGCGAGAGAGAGAGAGAACCGGGCCGGAGUGGAGGCGAGGAAGCCGGUAAUCCGAACCAUGGUGAUGUGAACAGCCGGAACCUCAUCUCUUAUCGGACAGUUGUGUUAAGAAGCAGAGUUAGGAUGCCAUCUACUGUAUGAAGUCAAACUUAAGGCCCGGGCGCCGGAUCGAUACCAUGCCACAUCCUGACUUGAAGAAGGGUUAGAGAUCGUGUGUGCAGUCAUGGGGAAGGACUACUACAAGACCCUGGGCAUCCCCAAAGGCUCCAACGAGGAGGAGAUUAAGAAGGCCUAUCGACGCAUGGCGCUGCGCUUCCACCCUGAUAAGAACACAGAAGCUAACGCGGAGGAGAAGUUCAAGGAGAUCGCAGAGGCCUACGAAGUGCUCAGCGACCCUAAGAAGAGGCUGGUCUAUGAUCAGCUGGGGGAGGAAGGUUUAAAGACAGGAGGCAGCAGUUCUUCAGGUGUUCCUGGUACCUCAACACACCACUACACCUUCCAUGGAGACCCCCACGCCACCUUUGCCUCCUUCUUCGGGGGCUCCAACCCCUUCGACAUGUUUUUUGGCGCAAACCGCAGCCACGGUCGCGGUAACGGCUUCUCUUUCCACAAUGACCACAGUAAUGACACAGAGCAGGACGUGGACAUGGAGGACGAUGAGGCCUUUCCUCAUUUUGGGAGGCAUUUCGCCUUUUCCGGAGGGUUGAACAACGGAUUCCCAGCGGAAGGCCGCAGAAGGAGGGGUGGACCCUCAGAGCGCCAGGGGGCAGCUCGAAAGCAACAGGACCCCCCUGUGGUUCAUGAGUUGAUGAUUUCGCUGGAAGAGAUCUUCCACGGCUGCACCAAACGCAUGAAGAUCACCCGCCGCAGGCUGAAUUCAGAUGGAAGGAGCAUGAGAACCGAGGACAAGAUACUCAAUAUUGUGAUCAAGAAGGGCUGGAAGGAGGGGACCAAGAUCACCUUCCCAAAGGAAGGAGACCAAACCCCUGAGAAUAUCCCUGCUGACAUUGCAUUUGUGCUGAAAGACAAGGGACAUGCCCACUUCAAGAGAGACGGUUCCAAUAUUAUUUACAACUGCAAGAUUAGUCUCAAAGAGGCAUUGUGUGGUUGCACACUGAGCAUCCCCACGUUGGAAAAGCACAUCAUCUCCCUGCCAUGCCAUGACAUCAUCAAACCCGGAACGAUGAAGCGAAUUAGAGGUGAAGGCCUUCCUUUCCCAAAGAACCCUUCACAGCGUGGGGACCUCAUCGUGGAGUUUUCAGUCCGUUUUCCCGACAGGAUCCCGCCUCAGUCCAGAGAAAUUAUCAGACUCCACCUGCCUCCAUCAUAAGAAGAAUCAGAGAAAAAGAUGGUGACUGAAACAUCCUCUAAAUUGUGAAGAAGACCCUCAUGAGUCGCGUUAGUGCACUCAGCAUUUAACAAGUACUCUGGUGGGAGUACAUCCGCACAACGUAUUGAAAAUCCUGCCUUUACAAAGACAAUAAUGCUUGAUCAGUUAUUUCAUUUUAUGAGUAAGCUGUAGAGAGGGAAGUACGGGCGUCCCUGCUUAGGCUGCUGCCCCCGCCACCAGACCUCAGAUAAGCGGAAGAACAUGGAUGAAUUUUAUGAGUGUACUACAUUUUAUUGACAUGUUAUUUUAAUAUGUUGGCUGAAAAAUAUGUAUCGACCAAAUGUCCUCAAAUAGUGACCUCCACUUAGUAAUAAUAGAGGCAAUGCCUCAAUUAAUUGCCAAUUGCGGGGCCAAAAACGCCUCAUCUCAAAUAAAUGCUCAUUUUUUACCCUCAAGAAAUAAAAUAACAGGUGGUUCUAUUUAAAUUAACUCUUAUUUAACUAUUUCUAUGUGUAUUAAGUAACCAUUUAUACAAUACAGUUGAAUUAAGUAUUGGGAAAUAAUAACAAUAUGCUGUACCAUUAUAAUUUAUACAAGUAUUUAUUACAGUACAUGUGUAUGCAUUUUAUUAUAUUUAGAGUUUUUGUUAUUUAAAUUAAGUACAACAUUAUGCUCUUGUGUAAAUCAAACAAAGGCCUCCUAAAUGCCGUACCUCUAAAAAUAAUGCCUGGCAGUAAAUGGCAGCAGCCCAUUAUGCGAGGGAAUAUGAUAUAGGAGAAAAUACUGGAUUUGGAAUAGUUGUUUUUUAGGUGACUUUUAUUAGAUUUUUGUCUUUUACCCCAAAUCUUGUCUUUUAAUGAUUGUGUCAGCAGUUUUCCAUGCCCCCAACUGUGCGUCUGUGUCUCGUUCUACACAAACAUUUCCCAACAGCACCUUCUACCUGGACUAUACCAGCAUCCUCAAUGUGUCCAGCACACAGACCACACUUUCUUUCAGUUUAGUGCGGUGUUGUACUGCAGUACUUUUGUCUGUUUGUCACUUAUCGGUUUGCUGUGUGCUGCAGUGCCACAUCACUCUUUAAGAUGAUGAAAUGCUCUUUCCAAAUGACAAUCACUCUCAAACACAAUGAUAAGCUCAGAAUCUGCACAGAAAAUCGGUGCUGUCUUGUUUGGAAGUCGUCAGGCUCCACACCACCACACAGCCAGGCUUGCUAUGUAUGUGCCUUAACCCGGUGUCAUACCACACACACACACACACACACACACAGGUAACACUGUAACACACAAGCAGCCAUGUUAAAUGCACACCAGAUAAGCAGCCAUCAUAUUGUACUGUAUUCCAAUAAAACCUUUCAGCAUCUUGCUACCCAGGAUAAGUUGGACAUCCCAGAAGAAUUGAAGCAGGAUUUAAAGAUGUAGUAAAAUGAACAAUCCACACUUGUAGUUCCUCUGGGGAAAGCCAUGUUAUUUUCUUCUGCUUUCUUUCGCAUCGUUUGAAGGCCAUGUCUUGGUGCUACUGUGAACAGUGCCAUUUAUACAUAUUUAAAAUGUGCUUCUGCCAUAUGUAACAUGUGUACAUUGUUACUUGAAAUUUGUUUUUGAAAGUAGAAGCCCUUGUAGGAUUUGGAACUGUGCGUCUGCUGUCAGGGAGCGAUGUUAAGCCUCCUUGACUCUUUCUACUGUACUCUUGUAAACAACAAAAGAUCACACUCAUUAGACAUAACAUUAGGUACACCCGCAGAGUCUAACGAGACAUGUUUGACAAAUUCUGCCUGAAAGCUUUACAUUAAGUUGUGCGGGUGUGCCUAAUGAAGUGUAUACCAUGUACAAUCAAUAGUAAUAAACGGGGGUGUCAUGAGACACUCAGUUCAUAAGAUGAGACUUUAACAUUAUGUGAACUCUCUUGCUGCCUGUUUGGAGGCAGGGGGAGGGGGGCAAUAUAUUGAAUUAUGUAUUUAUUAGUGUUCAUUUCAAUUUAUUGUGUGAUAAUUUAUGACCAAAAGCCCUUUUUUUCAGAACUAGAAAUAUUGUCACGUUUUAAUCUCAUGAGACCUUGUGACACCCCCAGUAGUACCAGUAAAUACAUGCGGGAUAGUGAGUGUGUGUGUGAUCCUAACACACACUGCUGGACUCACCGCUUGUGUGCCAAUAUUCAAUGUUUUCAAAUGCCAACAAA